CGGCAGCUUUAAAGACAGCAGACGCUUACUGGACGCCACACGGGAGACACCUCACAGUCUCCUGUCACCCAGAUCGAGAGCAACCACACCCUUUUCGGAUUCACCGACAACUAAGCAACCAUGCGUGAAUGCAUUUCAGUCCACGUCGGCCAGGCCGGUGUCCAGAUGGGCAACGCCUGCUGGGAACUCUACUGCCUGGAGCAUGGCAUCCAGCCCGACGGGCAGAUGCCCUCCGACAAGACCGUGGGAGGAGGAGACGACUCCUUCAACACUUUCUUCAGCGAGACAGGAUCCGGCAAGCACGUUCCCCGAGCUGUUUUCGUAGAUCUCGAGCCCUCUGUCAUAGACGAGGUUCGAACCGGCACCUACCGCGCCCUAUUCCACCCUGAACAGCUGAUCACAGGCAAGGAGGACGCAGCAAACAACUACGCCCGUGGACAUUACACAAUCGGAAAGGAAAUCGUCGAUGUGGUCCUCGAAAGAGUACGAAAGCUGGCUGACCAGUGCACAGGUCUUCAGGGCUUCUUGAUCUUCCACUCCUUCGGCGGCGGUACUGGAUCCGGUUUCACUUCCCUUCUCAUGGAGCGCCUCUCUGUAGACUACGGAAAGAAGAGCAAACUCGAGUUCGCCAUCUACCCAGCACCACAGGUAGCUACAGCUGUAGUAGAGCCCUACAACUCCAUCCUGACCACCCACACGACACUGGAACACUCCGACUGCGCCUUCAUGGUCGACAACGAAGCCAUCUACGACAUCUGCAGGAGGAACUUGGACAUCGAACGACCAACCUACACCAACCUCAACAGGCUCAUUGGCCAGAUUGUGUCUUCCAUCACAGCAUCACUCAGGUUCGAUGGUGCCCUCAACGUCGACUUGACUGAGUUCCAGACCAACCUGGUGCCCUACCCACGAAUCCAUUUCCCUCUGGUUACCUAUGCUCCAGUCAUCUCGGCCGAAAAGGCUUACCACGAACAGCUCUCCGUUGCCGAGAUUACUAACGCCUGCUUCGAACCUGCUAACCAGAUGGUGAAAUGCGACCCACGUCACGGAAAAUACAUGGCCUGUUGUCUCCUGUACCGAGGCGAUGUCGUUCCCAAGGAUGUCAACGCCGCCAUUGCAGCCAUCAAGACCAAGAGGACCAUCCAGUUCGUCGACUGGUGCCCAACAGGUUUCAAGGUUGGCAUCAACUACCAGCCUCCCACUGUCGUACCCGGCGGUGACUUGGCCAAGGUGGCUCGAGCAGUCUGUAUGCUGUCCAACACCACUGCCAUCGCCGAGGCCUGGGCACGUCUUGACCACAAGUUCGAUCUCAUGUACGCCAAGAGGGCCUUCGUCCACUGGUACGUCGGCGAAGGCAUGGAAGAAGGCGAGUUCUCCGAAGCCCGCGAGGAUCUGGCUGCUCUGGAGAAGGACUACGAGGAGGUCGGCCUCGACUCCGCCGAAGGAGAAGGGGAAGAGGAGGAGGGUCAGGAGUAUUAGGCUGGCUGACGUCCCUCGACCUCCAGUCCAGAAAGAGAGGAGAACCAAACCCCGAGUUCACAUCACCCACAUUGUUGGCAACAUCACAUAAAAAUAUAACAGAACGAAAAGUAAAAAUAAAAUAAAAACGGAGGCACGGCUCCCCUUCCACAGAAUCCUUGACAUAUACAGGAAUUACUGACGGAUCUGACGUUACCUUCGACUCGAACAGCUGAUCGUGUAAGAUAUGUACACCUUACGAUUCAGUAUUGAUCAGAUUUCUCCCCCCUCGUAACUAACUAAUCUACGUUUCGUUUCCCGCCUUUUGCUAAACACGGACAACGAUUUGUUCACAGCAAGCAGCAAAUUCUUAGACAUCACUCGCAUAACAAGAAGAUAAGCACAAAAUAACUCAGCCACGGAGAGGAGUCUGGUGAGCAUUGCUCGUAGUGUGGAAGGUAAUAUGCUCGCGACGCAAAAGUUUUUCAACUUAGAAUCUAUACGCGUAUUAUAGCUACGAAAAUACAAAUGUCAGUCAGCUCUCCAUUCGCUGUUCCGAAGGCGACAAGCAUCGCGCACUCUCUAAGCUAGGUGUUCAGUCAAUUCUGCAUUGCGUAACACACUCAGAAUAGAUACGAGGUUGUUCUGAUGCGUUAUAGGUGAAAACUUGGUGCUGAAUCUCCUGUUGCUUGUAAUCUGCUUUAAUGGAUAUCUUAUUAAAGACAAAAUGGUUCUUGGAAUCAGAUAUCUUUUAUUCAGAGACGAAAUUUGCUAGCGACAUUUUGUCUCCACAUUUCGUAUACAGAUGAACACAUGUUACGAACCUCAGUGUGUGUGUGUGUGUGUGUGUGUGUGGACGACUUGUUUAUCUAUUUAAGCCCGCCAUGAUCCCUGUCACAUUGAAGCUUAAUAUAUCAGAGCAAUUUCAUAUAUCAGAACGUUGUGGUGCCGACCUGCAUAUACUCGCUAAAUGCUUUCACGUCGAUUUGCUUGUCAAAGAUACCAAUCUCUCGCUCUCUCGGUUUCGUUUCGCUAGACCUAGCACUAGGAGGCAUGCAGCCCAAAAACAACACUGAAAAGUGAGAUAGAAGAAGUUGGUCUCUCCUCAUCACGACCGCUGCGUCCAAACUCAUCCUGGAAUCUGGAAGAUGACCGCUUUGUACCACACGAUGACUCCGGUGCUUGCUUUUCGACCUCGAAGGAAAAGCAACCGAUCUCCUCAAGACUUCAGCAUUCGAAGCUUGCUGGUAUCCAACGGAAAACAACCCCCACACACUGGUUUCGAAAUGGAUCUAAUAAAUACAGGCUAUCAUUUACGAGCUCUCUCAUCACCUCGCUUGGACCGUCUGAGUGCGCCUACCUUCACUCCCCAGAAGUGCUGUUCUAGAAUAGGCAUUGGCUGUCAAAAGGAAAACACCAACUCCGACUUGCACACUGACACCUGUUUCCAAGACUUUUUUCCUUUCGUUUCUCCUCCACAUCCACAAGAGACCAUGACAUUUCUAGCACGUUGUUUGGUCCACCUGAUAAUCAAAUACAGUAUUAUCGAAUACAAGAGGCUCUGUUUAUUCGAUCUAGUAACUGACUUUAUCUCUGUCAGAUAAAGGGUGAAGAAUAAAGUGCCAAAUGACACCUAAAACCGGAUGCGAUAGUUGAAGAAAUCACUGUCAUUUGGAUAGUAAGCCAGCAAUGAAAGUUUCCUAUGCAGAAUGACAGCGAAAUGUCUCUCUACCCGUGCCAAAACUAUUUGUUUCUGUGCCAAAACUGAGGAACAGAUACAGAACAGAUUACAAAAGAAAUUACAGUAUUUCCUGGUCCCAUUUAAGUUCAGACAACUGGACAAAAUCGCGGCGCGUUCUACUAAAGAACACAUUCGCGAAUUCCAUUUUAUUUGAGACUGUAAGACCUCCAUUUUAAUUCUCUGUGACUGGAAGACUGCCACUUUUCGUUGUGACAAGAGACAGAAUCUUUUGAAAUUUCCCUGAGCACAGUUACUCAGAUUCCUCAUCCUUUAGAUCAAAAAGACUCACGGACAUAAAGUGGAAGGCCAGUGACUGUGCCUUACAACCCAGGAUGACCUUGCUAGGUCAGGGUCAUACACAGACCACUCAAUGGUGAUCCCUGUAACUGUCAGGCACUGAAAACAAUAAAAAAGGAACCAUGA